GCGGUUGUGCUGAGCCUGAACACUUUGGCUCAGUUCGACUAAAGGAGCGUUGGAGUGAUCAUGUUUGCACGGGCGAUUCGGAGCCACGCGAAGCUGGGGGCAGCGGCGCUGCUGGGCGCCCCCAUACUGCUCUCGCAGCAACAGGCGCGCGCGGAGCAGCGCGUGUACGCGAGCGGUGAAGCGCUGGGGCGAGGAGUGCGUCUCGAGCUGUGGAAAGCCCAGCACGAGAACGUGGUCGUCCUCGACCUGGAGAGCGAGCUGAUUCAGCUCGGGAUGACGCGCAUCCGUGACUACGAGAAUGCCGGAGCAAAGUUCACGCAUGAUGCAAACGGCGUGCUGCGCUCGACGCUGGAUUUGGCGCUGACAGAGCUCCCGAACGACGAGGAGGCUGUUGUCACAACCCCGCGUGGAUACAAAGUCGAGGGCCUCGUGUUUGAGGAUGAUGUGAAGGUGUGCGGUAUUAGUAUCGCCGCGAAGCCGGAAGCCCAGAAGGGCCUAUCGCAAGUUCUCCGCACAUCGCUGCCGUAUGACUCCAAGUACGGCGAGGUCCUGGUACAGCAGCUUCCGAAGGGUGGAAACAAGAUCACGAAGGCAACUCUUCCGGACGAUAUCGAUGGCCACGAAAUCCUGCUUUUGUUGCCUGAGCUUGCUUCGGUGUCCCAAGUGGACAAAAUCAUCCACGCAUUCGGCGACGCUCGCCUGGUGACUGCUUCUUUCGACUCAAGGCUCAACAAUGACGGACACAUUGUGCCAGGUAUCGGCGCCUUCGAAGAGCGCUACCUCGGUGCCCCCAGCGCUGUCAUGGAGCUAGCGGACGACCCCGCCGAGGACGCAGGCGACGAUGAGAACGGUUUGAAGGCCAAAAUCACUCAAAAGCUUUCAUCGUGGUUCAAGAAGGACUGAUCAUCGCGUCAGCACUACAUACACAACCCUCUCUACCCGGUGAGGAGAUCAGUAAAGGUGAAAUACAGGCUGCACGUUGGCAUGCACCUGUUCA